AUUUAUUAAACUAAGUUGAAUUGAACUGAUUGGAGCUGAACUGUCUGAACUGAGCUGAAAUGAAUAUUUUAUGAGAGAAGGGGAAAUUGGGAGCUGAAUUAAAUGAAGCUGAACAGAACUGAUUAAAGCUGAACUGAACUGAUUAUAGCUGAACUGAAGUGAACUGAAUUGAAAUUAAGAAGCCCUUAGAUAGUCUAAUCCAAAAUAUUUGCAUCAAUUCAAAUACCAAGCAUUGCAAUUAGCAGCUUCUUCUGGGUUAUCUUUUUCAGUCGCCUAAAUAUACAAUUGCCCCUUCACAAAACCCUUAAUAAACCCAAAAAAAUCCAACAUCAUCGCUGUUCCUCCUCCGCCGCUGGCAACCGGAUUCGCCGGAAACCCAUCUACGCCGCCACCCCACCCUUCUUCCCUUGGUGGGUUAUGCUCAUUUCUGUCAAAAAAACCACCCAUUUUUUGGUGGGUAUAAUACAUUGUAAUGAAUAGCUUGUUAUCCCAUAUUACUGCUUCAAUUCUUCUCAAAUCAGCUCGUUCUAUUCUGGGUACUACUUCUUCUACAUUUUGUGGGAGUUGUUCUUCUUCCAAUUUGUCUUUGAAAAGGAGUUUCAAUCACCCACUUGUUAAUUCUAUCUGUUUGAGUUCUUCAUCGUCUGUUUUCUCAAGGUUUGGUGCAAUUCACUGUUAUUCUUCUAAGAGGAAGUCUCCCACGAAGCGUAAAUCGAAGCCGGAACCGGAACCGGUAGUGGAGGACGGUAAGGAGAUGGAAAAGGAUGCGUUUUUUGUUGUUAGAAAGGGGGAUGUUGUUGGUGUUUAUAAGACUUUGAGUGAAUGCCAAGCUCAAGUUAGCUCUUCGAUAUCAGAUCCUCCAGUAAGUGUAUAUAAAGGAUAUUCUUUGCCUAAGGAUGAUGAAGAAUAUCUUGCCUCCCGCGGGCUUCACAAUGCUCUCUAUACCAUCAAAGCUUCUGAUCUGAAAGAUGAUCUCUUUGGCACACUUGUUCCUUGCCCUUUUCUGGAACCAACAUCUUCCAAAGGUGAGACAUCCAGCGUUGAUUUGCCACAGAAGAGGCCUCAUGACGUGCUAGGAACUGGAAAUGUGGGAGAUGUUGGAACCUCUACAGAUCCAUUGAGCAAGCUUCAAAAGUUGGAUAGUGUGCCUUCUGAUACUCAAUCUUGUAUUCUUCAUUUUGAUGGUGCUUCUAAAGGAAAUCCUGGACAAGCUGGUGCUGGAGCUGUGCUUCGUACUUUAAAUGGAAGCUUGAUUUGUAGAAUACGUCAAGGCUUGGGAACUGCCACCUGUAAUGCGGCUGAAUAUCGAGCUGUUAUUUUAGGAUUAAAGAAAGCUCUUGAGAUGGGUUAUACAAAUAUUCAAGCGCAAGGUGACAGCAAACUUGUCUGCAUGCAGCUUCAGGGUUUAUGGAAAGUCAAGAAUGAAAAUAUGUCUACCUUGCAUGCAGAGGCAAAGCUUCUGAUCAACAAGUUCACAUCUUUUAAGAUCAGUCAUGUUUUAAGGGAAUUCAACUCUGAUGCAGAUGCACAAGCGAAUUUUGCUGUUAGUCUUGCUGAUGGUCAAGUUCAGGAGGUGAAUAAGAAAUUGCACCUGCUUUUGGGCUGAACAUACUCAACAAAAAUCAUCAACAUUAAGACCCUGUGACAUUAAACUUGUAGCUUUACAUGUCUAGCAACAAUUGACACCAUGAAAGCAACAAAAGUGAGAAACAAAUCCUGAUACUGAAAAGGUAUUUCAGGUAGCAUUAACAAGAUCUCAGUAAUCAGUAUACUAUACUCUCUGUCCGUUUUGUAGGAGGUUUGAAAAAAGUCGUCAUAUGUACUGAAUCACUGAUAUGGUGGAUUGGUUGUGGUUGAUUUUAUCAUGAUCCUAAGAAUGAAAUAUUUAUAUAGGUUUUUUUAUUUGACAUU